CCCCGCCCGGGGAUGCUGCCGGCCGGCGGGGCUGGGAUGCUGCCGCCGCCGCCUCGCCCGCUCCCCCGCGCCCCCUGCUCCCCGCUUUGCGGCUGAACGGGCAGCUCGGGGGCUCCAGCACCCCCACAUCCCGGCAGAUAUCCCCCCCCCCCGCAUCCUUCAUCCCGCCUGGACCAACCCGCCUUUGGGACGCGACAACGGGGCUGCUGGAGAAGAAACUGCCGGGCGCCUCGGAGGCCUUUGCCCGCUGUGCCUUUUUGCGUCUGGACUCGUGUGCCGGGGGUGUUUUGUUGUUGUUGGGUUUUUACUGGUUUUUUGGACUGCGCUGCGAAGUCGGGAGAAGCGGGGGGGGCGCAGCCGGGCGGCUCCCCCGGCGCCUCCUCGGACUCUGCUGCCCGGGAAGAACCGGCUCGUCCAGCGUCCGGCACCUUUGCCACUUCUCCUCCUCCUCCUCUUCCUCCUCCUCCCCCCGGCCCUCCCGUCCUCCUCCCUCACCCGAGGAUCCUGGGGACUCCCUCGGAUGCCGCUCGGCAGGCUCAGAGCUCGCAGCCUGCCUUGCCGGGGGCUCUCCUGAUCUCCGUGGAGCUCCGCAUCGCUCGCCCCGGUGGUUUUGCUCCCCCCCGUCCCCACACACACGCACCCCCUCCCUCCUUUCCCCCCCCUUUCCCCCUUUUCGGGUGUGUUUUUUGCCUGUCGGAAAAGUCCCUGCUGCCCAGGAUGGGGGUCGGUGGGUGCUUAGCCCUGCCCUGGAGGUGCCUGGUCGUCCUCUGUCUCAGGCUGCUCUUCCUUGUGCCCGCAGGAGUGCCCGUGCGCAGCGGAGAUGCCACCUUCCCCAAAGCUAUGGACAACGUGACAGUGCGGCAAGGGGAGAGUGCCACGCUCAGGUGCUCCGUGGAUAACCGAGUCACCCGGGUGGCCUGGCUGAACCGCAGCAGCAUCCUCUAUGCUGGCAAUGACAAGUGGUGCUUGGACCCUCGGGUGGUGCUCUUGGCCAACACCAAGACCCAGUACAGCAUCCAGAUCCAAGACGUGGAUGUGUAUGAUGAGGGCCCCUACACCUGCUCCGUGCAGACAGACAAUCACCCCAAGACAUCGCGUGUCCAUCUCAUCGUGCAAGUGUCCCCGAAAAUCACCGAGAUCUCUCCUGACAUCUCCAUCAAUGAAGGCGGCAAUGUCAGCCUCACCUGCAUAGCCACGGGCAGGCCAGACCCGACAAUCACCUGGAGACACAUCUCGCCCAAAGCCGUGGGCUUCAUCAGCGAGGACGAGUACCUGGAGAUCACGGGCAUCACGCGGGAGCAGUCGGGCGAGUACGAGUGCAGCGCGUCCAACGACGUGGCGGCGCCCGUGGUCCAGCGAGUCAAAGUCACCGUCAACUACCCCCCAUACAUCUCGGACGCCAAGAGCACCGGGGUGCCGGUGGGGCAGAAGGGCAUCCUGCUGUGCGAAGCCUCCGCCGUCCCCUCCGCCGACUUCCAGUGGUACAAAGACGACAAGCGGCUGGCUGAAGGACAGAAAGGCCUGAAAGUGGAGAACAAAGCUUUCUUCUCCAGGCUGACUUUCUUCAACGUCUCGGAGCAGGACUAUGGCAACUACACCUGCGUCGCCUCCAACCUGCUAGGGAACACCAACGCCAGCAUGAUCCUCUAUGGCCCCGGCGCGGUGCACGACGGCAACAGCGGCGCGUGGCGGCGAAGCGGCUGCCCCUGGCUGCUGGCCCUGCCACUAGCCCAGCUCGCCCGCCAGUUUUGACCCCCGGAGCCGGCCCGCGGAGCGGCGACGGCGUCCAGGACCACGGCCAGCGAGCGCCGAGGAGAGGAGGAGGAGGAGGAGGAGGAGGAGGAAGAAGAAGUGUUCACCGUUUCCGAAAAUAAUCAUAAGAAUUGAGAGAGUAUCCGGCCAGGCCACCUCGGGGAGGGGGAGAGAGGAAAACAUGCAACAAAAAACCCAACGCAACGGGAAUUUGGAGAGAGGAAAAAAAGAGAAAUAAUCCAAGGCUUCCUGCUGAAGAUGCAACACGACUGAGUCUUUUAAUUUUUUCCUUUUUGUUUGUUCUUUUUUUUGUGUCCCGCACCCCUUUUCCCACCCUGGUCCCCUUCCCCCGCGGGGACCCCUCCAGCCGGCCGCACCGGUUUUCUCCUUUGCCGAGAUAUCCCCAUCUUCUCAUGGACUGUGCCGCCAUUUGUGUUCCAGGAAAAAUAUAUAUAUAUAUAUAUAUAUAUAUCUUCACGUUCACAUAUAUAUAUAUAUGUAUGUAUAGUAUAUAGAUCUUCAACAGUUAGCACACCGCUCCAAAGGGAAAGGGAGGACGGAGACCGGCGUCGAGCCGCACGUCCAUCGCACCACCUGCGGACAUCGCCGACGAUAACGGGAUUCCACGAUUCAUUUUAUUAAUUAUAUUUUCUGAUAUGAGCCUAGAACUCUUAGUUCCUAAAAAAACAGAGAUGCAAAAAAAAAGAGGGGAGAGAAAAUGAGGAAAAAAAAAAAAGUAAAUUAAAAAAAAGGAACCGGAGAGGGGAGCAAGCGGAGAGGAGCCGUCGUUUCGGAUGCAGAGGAGCCGCCCCGCGCUGAAAUCCCCGGAAACCGGCCCAAACAAGCGGUCGUCCGAACAGUUCCCGCCGAGGGCGCGGGCGACUCGUGUCGAGGCGGAGAUGCCGAAUCUUUUUACGGGAUAUAUAUAUACAGUAUAUAUAAAUAUACAUAUAUAUAUAUAUAAUUUUUCUUUUUUUUUUUUUGGUUAGCGUUCUAGCCACGGUUCCCUGCAGGGUCCUUCCGCUGCCAUUACUGCAUGCUGUACACGGAGUUAGGUGUGUAUCGGUCCUCAUCUUGGUCCCCGCGUCCCCUCCUUUCCCACCCUUGGGUCACCAGGGACGAAGGGACGCGAGGUCCGGGGGCCGCCCCUCGUCCCCAGCCCCUUUGCGGUGGACUAAAGCAAUCCGAGGGACCGAGGGAGAUCUAUAGAGCUCAGUUUUAUAAUUUUUAUAUAUAUAUAUAUAUAUAUAUAUAUGUAUGUAUAUGUGUGCGCGUGUGUGUGUGUAUAUAUAUAUAUAUAUAAAAAACCAAAUUAAAUUAGGAAGCAAGGGAGCCGUCAGCUGGAGCGCGGGCCCGGCUGCCCCACGGCGCAUCUCGGCGGGGGCCUCUCCUCGGUUUUCCUCCUCGGGUUCCGUUCCCUUCUCCGCGGCCGGGGACACGCGGGGUCCGGGCGGGCGGCGAGGGGGCUCUCUCUGCCUAUCCAUUAAAACGAUUGUUCCAUGUG